CUUGGUUUGCAGCGCUCUUCAACAAGCCAACAAUCAACUGCAACAUUAUAUCAUCAUCUCAGCUCACUUACCCAAUUCAAAAUUCACUAACUCCCACCCAUCAUCAUCAUCAUCAUCAUUAACAUCUCUCACUCUCUGAUUUCCCUCUGUUUCUUUCAUCUAAAAGCUCAAACCUGAUCAAAACUUUGAUGAAAUUCAAAUGAAACAUUUGUCAACCUUCCAUUUCUUAGGUGUAUACCUUUGUGAUUAUUACUGAUUUAUGCUUCCAUGACAGUAUAAUUUUUACAAUUAACUUUAUUUAGUGACACUUAUUUUUAAAUUUUCAAGGAUCAAUCCAUUUCGUUUUUACAUUUCUUUCAACCUUAUCAAGUCUUCCAUUCAACAUGGCUUCCAGAGAUGGUCCAACCAAUGCAUCGUUAAAUAAUGAGAAAACCAUGAAAAAUGAUGAAUUUCGGAAAAUGUCCAAGAUCAAUCCGGCUGUUCGUAUCAAAUCUGAACCCUCCUUAUUGAUGUUCAUCGCUUGUAUCGGUGCUCUUCUCGGUGGUUUCUCAGUAGGAAUGGUGAUUGGAUAUGCUUCACCAGCAGUUAAUAGUAUGGAAAAGCGCAAUAGCCAUCCUCAUUAUGACCGUAAAUUGGAUUCCGAGGUGGAAACUUGGAUCCGAAGUAUACCAACCAUUGGUGCCAUUGUGGGAGGUUUAGCUGGAGGUCCACUUUCUAGUAUCACUGGUCGACGGAUGUGUCUAAUUUUAUCAUGUUUACCAAUGUUUUUGGGAUGGAUAUUGAUUGCAGCGGCAAAAAAUACGCCAAUGAUUAUAACUGGAAGGUUAAUUACUGGACUCGUAUCAGGGAUAUUUUGUUGUGCCACACCAACUUAUGUUCUUGAAGUUGUACCAUUAUCUUUACGAGGUACUUUUGGAAGUGGUUUUCAGGUUUUUGUUGUUAUUGGUAUACUUCUUUCGUCAAUUUUUGGAAUGCAAGUUGAAUGGCAAAUGCUUGCAUUUUUAUCUUCAAUUUCGUCAAUAAUAAUGCCCAUAGCAUUGUAUUUUUGUCCCGAAUCACCUAUUCACCUUUUCAAUAAGAAAGGAGCAACAAAGGAAACUUUAAAUGCUUUGAAAAGGUUGAGAAGUGAAUCAAGCCAAAUUGACGCUGAAUUUGAGGAAAUAUCCAAAACUCCCAGUGAAAGGCAACCAAUGAUUCUCAGCUGGGAACAAAUUAAAACACCAAACGUUUAUUAUCCACUUUUCUAUGUAUGUGGAAUGCUCUUCUUCCAACAAGCCUCCGGAGUUAAUGCGGUCGUUUUCAAUGAACUGGACAUUUUUGAUCUUUCGGGAAUCAAAUUGGAUUCAAACUAUUGUGCCAUUAUCUUGAAUACAGUGGUUGUUGUUGUGACCGUAGGAAGUGCUUCCAUUUCCGAUAAGUUUGGACGUAAAGUUUUAUUAUUUGUAUCAGGUGUUGGUAAUACACUUUCAUUAUUCAGUUUGUCAGUCUUCUUUUACCUAAGCGACAAGAAUUCAAACUUUGGACAAAAUUAUGGCUGGAUUGCUUUACUUUCAACAAUAGCGUAUUUAUCCUGUUUUGCCAUUGGCUAUGGACCCAUUCCUUGGGCCAUUGCACCAGAAAUGUCGCCUUACUUUGCUCGUGGUUUCAUCACGGCCGCAGGAACCUUCAUCAAUUGGGCAACUUGCUUUCUGGUAACCAAAGAGUUUGAAAAAAUGGAACAUUUAUUAACUCCUGCUGGAUCGUUUGCAUUUUUCACCAUAAUCUCUUUCAUUGGAAUGCUGUUUACCUCGUUCGUCCUUCCAGAAACCAAGGGUAAAUCAAUAGAGGAAAUCCAAGCACUUUUUAAUAAAAAAGCGAAACCAGAAAAGCAAACCAUAUCAACCAUCCAUUUAGAUUCCUUGGAUAUACCUAGUACAAUUGAAAAGGGAAGAAGUAAAAAAGAUUCAAAUAUCUAAUGUAAUUUAACCGGUUGAGACAGCAAAGUUAGCAAGCUCUUGUAUUACAUCCAUCAACCAUCAAUCAGCAAGAAGUCAUCUAUUGUGGUUUGCACUUCUGAAAGUCUUCUGAUAAUUUGACCAUCAAGAUCAACCCAUGUUAGGAAAAGAGUUGAACAAAUGCAACUACAAUCGCCUUAUUUCAAUAACAGAUGAUAUUGAAGUGGAAAUUUUCAGAAGAAAAUUGUGAAUAAUCUUCUCUAAUACUGGUUUUUAUCAUUGUUUUUUUCAAUUAACUGAAAGUUAUAUUUGUAAGUUUAAGCUUUAAAGCAAGCAGUUUGCAAAUUAUCCUUUUGCUAUGUUGUAAAUAUACGUCUUGAAGUUGACAACUCCUAUAAAAUUUUUACAUCCAUUUGGUAUAACAUUAAUAUCGAUGUACAGUUGUAUAGCAUUUUGUUGAAAACCAAAAUGUUUAACAAUUUUAUAAGACAAUUGAUUAAAAAUAUACUUGAGAAAUUGA